GAGUUGGCACGCCUGCUUUGGCCUGGGUAGGCGUGUACGGCGGUGAUCCUGAAGCGCUGACCUGUUACAGAUUCAUCUCCCUCCUUUUACGUGACGAAGGGCAGCUCUUGUGUACGAGGCCUAUUUGGAUACCUUUCUAUACGUACGAUGUGUGUUUGGAAUGUGAGUUGAAAAUGAGGAAAACCUGUUAGUAAAAGUCUCGGUUCAAAAUGAGGCAGAGCGGUCCGAGGGAGGUACUGGAACCCUGACAAGGAAAAGGUACAGGAAGAGGACUGUAAUAAAAGCUGCGAUAAAAUACCAAAGGUUUCAUGAAAUUGGCUCUGUUUCGGGUGAAAAUGACCUCUAUGUGAACUGCGCAUCGAAAUCUCGGUGGCGUUUAUUAAUAUUGAGCAAAACCCGACCAAAAGAUGGAAGUGGUGGAGACCCUGGUCGCCGUUGCCCUCGGGGUGUUGGCGGCGGUGUUCCUCGGGUCGUUGGCGGCGCUGGCUCUCCUGUGCUAUCGGAGGGCGAGCAGCACGAAGCAACAUCAGCUGUUCUCCAAUUCGGAUAUGAGACCGGAAGUUGAACUAAUAAGCGGAGGAGACAUCUGGAGUGAGUUAGAACUGGACGAGGUUCGACUGGCGCCGCAGAUUGACAAGAUCCUGAACGACACGCAGUGGGUGGAUGAUGCUACAGGUGUGAUUCCCCACUGCCUCGCCAUCCUCAAGCUGUGCCACCAGAUGACGGAGCGACUCGUGGCUACGACAAUGACACCCAUUCAUAAGGAUAAGCUCCAUGAUAUCAUUGAGGUCACCAGGCGUCUGUCCCCUCGCAUAGACGACGUCGCUCGGGCCAUGUACCCCCCCUUGGAUCCCCGCCUCCUGGAAGCAAGGUGUUCCGCCCUCAUCCUUACCCUCACGCUCCUGGCCUGGCACGCGCGUUACCUCACCUCGAACACGACGGUGACACUCAUUAAUGAGGCCCUGACGGAUAUGGAUCGCCAUCUUUCGGUGUUGCGUGAGGCUGCAAUGGCACAUGAAACUUUCCACGGUUGCUUUACGGAAGAUGCAACAUGUGACACUGCAGAAUGUUGAAAGCAAGGAUGCUACCACACAACAAUAGUGUCUUUUUUAAUGUGCAUUGAAGUUUGUGUACCAUUGCUGAUGUAACUUUUUACCAUACAUGAUGUAGCUAUUACUUACCAUGCGGUUACAGUAUUUACCAUGCAUGAAGUCGCUAUUUACCAUGUAUGAAGUUACUGUUGAUCAUGAAGUCACUUUCUGCCAUGCAUGUAGUAGCUGUCUACUAUGUUGGAAAUAACUGUUUACCAUGCCUGAAACAGCUAUUUACAUACACAAGUUAACUGUGUGCCAUGUCUGAAGUACUGGUAUUUAAGCACCAUGUAUAAAGUACCUAAUUACCAUGUCUGAAGUAGUUAUUAUCAUGCAUAAAAUAGCUAUGUAUUUAACAUGUCCUAGCACUAGAGUAACCUAAUGUAAUAAUAUUAAAUGUCUUAAGUAAUAUUUUGUUACCUUGGUGCACUGGAUUAAAUUUUUACUCUGACACUGCACACAAGAGUAAUCCCAAGUAUACACUAUAAAGAAAGUAUAAUACUUGGUAUAGUUUCCUCCUAUUGUAAAAAGGAUGAGAAAAUGAACACUCUAAAAUCUCCUUUAAUGACAUUCUAAAUUAUAUAUAAAGGAUGACCAAAAUUCAUCCUCUGCUCCAAAAGGUGGGAGGGAGAAUAUAAUGUGAUCUUAUAAGUCAUAAACCAAAGGUAUGAAAAGUACAGAAUUGUUUAUAAUGCAUAUUGAUCUCCUUUUAAAUUACUCUUUACAAAUAGCAUCUUUUGAUUAAAUCUUUAUUUAAUAGGCUGUAGAAUGAGGUUGUACAAUGAUGUUUUGAGGAUUGAAAUCUAUUAUUAUAUUAACCAUGAUAUUACUUUUUGUUGUUAACUGUUAAUGUGGUAUAUUUACUGUUGAAUAAGGCACUCGAGAGUUUGUGUAUAUAUAUUUAAAUUUUAUAAAUCUAUAUUUGUAAUGAUAAUCUUAUCUCACAAACAAGUACAUGUGCAACCAUAGCACAAAGGUAUACACAGAUGCAGAAAUACAUGCUCACUUAUAUAUAUAUACAGGCAAGGAUAUAUUCCCACUAAUUUAUCAGUUCCAUGAUACUAACCCUAGCUUUUCAUGAUCACUUAUGAAGCUUAACUUAUUUUAAACAGUCAAGGCAUUUCAAGCAUUUAGAGCCACCUUUUUAUGGCCACAAGGAAAUAUAAUCUUAAAAAACCCUUAAUGACACAUAUUAACUGAAACUCUAGGCCUUGGAAACGCUCACAGUUUCAUGCAAAAUAAACUGAAUAAUGAAAAUUAAUGCAUACAGCAAGUGUAUCCAAUACAAGCCAUUUAUUUUAUUGAAGUUUUUCACCAAUACUACUUACAAUAGGUGUCGUUAAUGGAGUAUGAAAUACUUUAACCCUAUAUUGACAGUGCCAGAAUUUUGUUACUCCUGGCAACCGUCUAGCCUUUCUGCUGGGAGAUUCGCUUUGUACAGCGGCCCUUCCCACUAGACUUGCCAGAGUGAGUCAUAAUGCCUAUAGCCAUAACUGUCAUGAGUAUAUUUUUCAUGUCAGGAAUUGGUGUGCCCGGCUAUAAGAGGAUAUAUAAUUAAAAUCAGAUUAUCUCUUUUUAUAAUAUUUUCCAGGCUUGUGCAAUGUGCAAGUCUUUUGUAAAUAAAUCUUUUAUCAAAGGAUA